ACCGCGCACAACCGCUUGUUUACAUGCCUGAAUGUGCCCAAAAAGAGGACUUCAACGAGUGAUUUACCAAGAAAAUUUUCAUUAAUUAUCCUAAAUAAAAAUCCACUGAAUAUUUCCUUUUCCCCCCAUCAAAAUAUGUUUCUACGAACAUAAACAAGAGUGUACUAAAAUCCCUAAAAAAGGUGUUGUCUUAUACACAAUUCUAGACAUGAAGUUUCUAUCAAAUGAUAAUGUAUAUUCAAAUUUGCGGGUCAAUUUCAGGCACCCGAGGUAACUAGAUCGUUGAUGCCGGGGCCCUCCGAGAGAACAUUUUCCGAAAGCUUUAUAUAUAGGAGUUCCCCGUGCAACCUUUUGCUUCUACCAACCAUCAACACAGCUCAUCAAAAUGUACUCCGCUUCCAAGUCUCCUAAGCAAUGGAUUGCUUCUCUCAACUCUGAGUUGGAUGUUCCUGCCGUCGACCGUCGUACUUCUAUUAUCUGUACCAUCGGUCCCAAGUCCAACAAUGUUGAGACCAUGUGCAAGCUCCGUGAUGCUGGUAUGAACAUCGUUCGUAUGAACUUCUCCCACGGUUCUUACGAAUACCACCAAUCCGUCAUCGACAACGCCCGUAAGGCCUCUGCCACCAACCCCCUUUUCCCCUUGGCCAUUGCCUUGGACACUAAGGGUCCUGAAAUCCGUACUGGUUUCACCAUUGACGGCCAAGACUUCCCUGUCAGCACUGGUCACGAAAUGAUCUUCACCACUGAUGAUGCUUAUGCUGAGAAGUCUGACAACAAGGUUAUGUACGUUGACUACAAGAACAUCACCAAGGUCAUUGAAGUCGGCCGUACCAUCUACGUUGAUGAUGGUAUUCUCUCCUUCACUGUCAUUGAAAAGAUUGAUGACAACAACUUGAAGGUCCGCACCAACAACAACGGUAAGAUCUCUUCCAAGAAGGGUGUCAACUUGCCCAAGACCGAUGUCGAUUUGCCUGCUCUUUCCGAGAAGGACAAGUCUGACUUGCGCUUCGGUGUCAAGAACGGUGUUGACAUGAUCUUUGCCUCUUUCAUCCGUCGUGCUCAAGAUGUUCACAACAUCCGUGAAGUUUUGGGUGAAGAGGGUAAGAACAUCAAGAUCCUUUGCAAGAUUGAGAACCAACAAGGUGUCAACAACUACGACGAGAUUCUCGAAGCCACCGAUGGUAUCAUGGUUGCUCGUGGUGAUUUGGGUAUUGAGAUUCCUGCCUCUCAAGUCUUCGUCGCUCAAAAGAUGAUGAUUGCCAAGGCCAACAUUGCUGGUAAGCCUAUUGCUUGUGCCACUCAAAUGCUCGAGUCCAUGACCUACAACCCUCGCCCUACUCGUGCCGAAGUUUCUGACGUUGGUAACGCUGUUCUCGACGGUGCUGACUUGGUCAUGCUUUCCGGUGAGACCGCCAAGGGUUCUUAUCCCGUUGAGGCCGUUACCUAUAUGGCUGAGACUGCCCGUGCUUCCGAGGCUUCCAUUCCCUACGGUAACCUCUACCAAGAAAUGUUCUCUCUCGCCCGUAAGCCCGUCAGUUCCCCCACUGAGACUACUGCCGUUGCUGCCAUCGGUGCUUCCAUCGAGAGCGAUGCCAAGGCCAUCAUCGUCUUGUCUGUCACCGGUACCACCGCUCGUCUCUGCUCCAAGUACCGCCCCUCUAUCCCCAUCAUCAUGGUUACUCGUGAUGCUCAACGUGCUCGUCAAUCUCACCUUAACCGUGGUGUCUACCCCGCCAUCUACGAGCAGCCUGCUCUCUCCGACUGGCAACAAGAUGUUGACGCUCGUGUUGCCUUCGGCUGUGAGCAAGGUUACAAGAUGGGUAUCCUCAAGAAGAAUGACAACGUUAUUGUCCUCCAAGGUGCCGUCGGUGGUAAGGGUCACACCUCUAUCUUCCGUCUCACUAAGGCUGAGUAAAUGUAUCACUAGUCUUUGAACUAUUGGAAACGGUAGGAAAGUCGGUAAACCUAAGCUGACAUUUAUUUUAUUCAUAUUUUUGGAUUCUUAAUGGUAUCGAUAGUUUUAUAUACCUUAAAUGAUUAACUUUUAUUGGUUAAGUCAUUGUUUUAUAUAUGGAAAAAAUUAGUAUUUAACGUUGAAAGGUUUACUGAAUUUCGUACUGCUACGUAUUCAAUGUUGUGUAAAGUGUAGUAAUAAAGAAAAGUACUUAGAUUAUG